CAUAAAUGUAUACGAACAUUGACGAAAUAUAACAAGAAUUUUCAAGUAUUUUAGCUAAGUGGCACAUGCUGCAGAAAAUCGAAAAACGAGCAUCUGCUUACUUCUUUCAUGCUAAUCAAGUAUACUAAUGGCAAUGUUUUCACAAGAAGAGGAAAACUAUGUACGAAUAAAUUGUUUGCUGACGGGAAUUUCACCAAAUGCAGUGCGUACAUAUUUUGACAAAGAAUUUCACCCUUCCUGCCUUUACGCUUCAAUUAAACAGGAAUACACCAAGCUGAAUGAUCUGAAAAAGCAAAGAGUUAUAAAUGUAGCUCAGUGGAAUCUUCUUUAUCCCAGAGGAGGCAAUACUCCAAGUUCCAAACAGUUUGAUGUAACAUUAAUGAUUACCUUAAUCAGACAUCUUACCAAAAUUAGUCAUCCAGGACGUGGAUAUGAAGUGCUUCCUCAACCAACGGAUACAACAACUGGUGAUGAUUUGGCAAGAAUUAAAUAUUACAGAAAUCAUAUAGCACACUUAGACAAUGCUACAUUGGACAGCUCAUUUUUUAACCAGGCAUGGGACGACAUUUCUAACGCUGUAGGCAGAUUGGGAGGUAAAGUAUUGCUUGAUGAGUGCAAAAGUUUAAGAACUAAAACUCUUGAUCAAUCGAACCACGAGAUAAUUAAGGAAAUCAACCAGGCAAGAAAGGAGAUGCAAGAAACAAAACGUGACGUUGUCACUUUGAAAAUGUCCUUCGAUUCGCUGAAGAUAAACUAUACCGAUCUCAAUCAUGACCAUAAUGAACUAAUUGAGGACUAUGGUACUUUACGAAACGACCACGAGAGAACGAAUAAUACAGUUGUUGAAUUAAGACAGACAUAUGCUGAUACACUGCCACGGGGUUUAAGAGCAAAAACAAAGCGUACGUUAGAAAAUUGGGUGGAAGAUGCUAAGAUGCACGUAGAAACGCAGAAGGACAAACACAUUUUCGAAUGUAUAACAAGACAUCAGUGUGUUCUAGUAACGGGUAGUUUUGGUAUAGGAAAGACUUCAACCAUAAAAAACGUAGCUCUUCGAAUGAAUGAAAGUGGUUACGACGUUAUUCCGGUCAUAGAUGAUCCGAGAGAUAUCUUGAAUUUUUACAAUCCUAAUCAAGGAACAUUAUUUGUAAUUGACGAUUUUUGUGGUAAAUAUACAUUGAAAUCUAGUCAGUUCGAAAGAUGGAAAAAUUUUACAGAUGAUAUAUUAUCCAUAAUAGAGGGCGGAAAUUGCAAGAUUAUUGUAUCAUGCAGAUUACAAGUGUACAAUGAUUCAAAGUUCAAAACAUUAUCUGUUUUUAAAAAUUGUAUAUGUAACCUCAUGUCGGACAAUCUGUCCUUGACACACACGGAGAAAAGUGAAAUUACUUUCUUAUUUUUGAGAUCUGAUUCGUCUAAGAUUUGUAAAUUGCAGAACAUUUUCAAUUGUUUCCCACUUUUGUGUAAACAAUUUCAUGAUAAUCCAACAUCGGACAUCACACAGGUCUUCACGAAUCCUUCGCCGAUCCUUGAAACCGAAAUUAAUCAAUUACAGAAAGGACGAAUAUAUGGCAAAUAUUGUGCUUUAGCUCUCUGUGUCAAAUUUGAGAAUAGUUUACACGAGAAUGUAUUGACAGGCGAUAUAGAUAAGAAGACCAGAAGCCUUUUUAAGAACAUGUGCGAGAAAUGCAAUUUAGAUAGAGGAACAUCCAGGCUAUUACUGAAAGAUGAGUUGGAUUCAUUAAUUGAUACAUUCUUAAUAAAUGAUCAUGGAUGUUAUCGUUUCAAGCAUGAACAAUAUUUUGAAUUCUUUCGGUGUUAUUUUAGUCAGAUAUAAGUAAGAUUAUUACAAUGACAACAGUUCAGACAGCUAUCCCAACGAUAUGUAUUUAUUUGAAUGGUUUUUGUAAGACUAAAAGUCAUAAUAAACGAGUGACCGGUGAAAAAUAAUGUUAUUGUAAUUCUUGAACCAAUGCAUACAAACAUCAUAUAAUUAGUCUUCUGUGCAUGAUUUUAUCAAUCUUUUUGCCUAAAUGUCGUAUAAUCGUCAAUUUUUUUCAAUCGGUCACAAGCCGAAGUUUAACGAUUGUUACCUGUUUGUCAACAAUAAACAAAAUAGGUAUGGAUAUUGAG